UUAACACCUUCGUGUUCAUUGCACAGGUACUGCUGCUUCUGCCGCCGCACUGGGCCGGUGACGCCGUCAAAAGCUGUCCGGCGGCGAUUCAUCGAGCUGAGCGCAUCAUCACGGCUGAUAACAAGGAAACAGCGACUCAUACAGACCGAAAUUUUCUUCGGUGGACCUUCAACGAAAACCUGGAAUUCUCAAGAUUCACAUCGCCAUCGACAUCGGCUACCUCAGCGCCAGCGCUGCCAAGUAUAAAAGACCACCCCCGAUCUGCACUCCACUGUGGGCACGGUGGCAUCGCCAAGAUGACAGUCGUUAACACCUUCGUGUUCAUUGCACAGGUACUGCUGCUUCUGCCGCCGCACUGGGCCGGUGACGCCGUCAAAAGCUGUCCGGCGGCGAUUCAUCGAGCUGAGCGCAUCAUCACGGCUGAUAACAAGGAAACAGCGACUCAUACAGACCGAAAUUUUCUUCGGUGGACCUUCAACGAAAACCUGGAAUUCUCAAGAUUCACAUCGCAAUCGACAUCGGCUACCUCAGCGCCAGCGCUGCCAAGUAUAAAAGACCACCCCCGAUCUGCACUCCACUGUGGGCACGGUGGCAUCGCCAAGAUGACAGUCGUUAACACCUUCGUGUUCAUUGCACAGGUACUGCUGCUUCUGCCGCCGCACUGGGCCGGUGACGCCGUCAAAAGCUGUCCGGCGGCGAUUCAUCGAGCUGAGCGCAUCAUCACGGCUGAUAACAAGGAAACAGCGACUCAUACAGACCGAAAUUUUCUUCGGUGGACCUUCAACGAAAACCUGGAAUUCUCAAGAUUCACAUCGCCAUCGACAUCGGCUACCUCAGCGCCAGCGCUGCCAAGUAUAAAAGACCACCCCCGAUCUGCACUCCACUGUGGGCACGGUGGCAUCGCCAAGAUGACAGUCGUGAACACCUUCGUGUUCAUUGCACAGGUAGGAAAACGCUAUCCUUUCUGUUACCGUAGCAACAACCUUUGUCUUUUUUUGCUGCCGUGCCCACGGACCUGUUUUGCCUUGUUGUGUGAAAUGCGUGCACGAUUUGCUGAUUUGCUCAUGCUGUGCGGAGAUAUAGAGACCAAUCCCGGUCCUGACAGGGCAGCGAUGAUGGAAAUGUUAACUAAUAUCUCGGUCGACAUUAAGGAAAUUAAGCUGAGCCAGGCUGCGACAACAUCGAGACUAGAGAAAAUAGAAUCGCGCCUCGAAGGCCUUGAAGAACUCAGGUCCGUUGUGAACAAAAACUGCGACAAGACCAACCGCCUCGAAGCCACCAUCACAUCACUCUCGAACAAAAUUGAUGAUUUAGAGAACCGUAGCAGAAGAAACAAUCUAAUUAUUUUUGGUCUUUCUGAACUGCCUAACGAAGAGAGUAGCACCCUCGAGGAUAGAGUAACUAAAGAGAUUCUUGGUGGAAAACUAAAUGUAAAGAUUAAUGGAAUCGAUCGUAUACAUCGCCUUGGGAGGCCAGCUCAUGGCAAGACCCGUCCAGUAAUAUUUCGACUCGGAAACUUUAAAGAUAAAUUGAAUAUUUUACGCAACUGCAAUAAAUUGAAAAAUGAACGACUCUCGAUUAGUGAAGACUACUCAAAGCGAAUUCAGGGCAUUAGAAAAAAAAUUACUUGA